AUGGCCACCCUCUCUUCCACGACGGUCCUCGUCGCCGCUCUCCUGGCCACAACCACCCUUGCGCAAUCCAACGUGCGAGUCUGGUCCUCCGUCGCUUGGAUCCUCUACGGCGACCGCACCCCUUUGCUGUCAGACAACCCAACCCUCACCCCCCUCGGCGCGCAACAGCUCAAAGCCCAAGGCGCCGCCCUGCGAACCCGUUACCUUUGGAAAUCCUCCCCUGACGACGACGACGACGACGACGACGAUGACAUCGAUAGUAACGGCCUCGACGACAUCGCCCCCAUCCACGGAAUAGAGCAAUACACCAUCAACAACCGCCAGCUCAGAGCCAUGUCCACCACCGACACCUACAACAUCGCCUCGGCCAUGGCCUUCUUCCAAGGCCUCUACCCCCCCACCACCAUCAAACCCUCCAACUCCACCGGCGGUGCCAUCGCCGCCACCCUAGCAAACGGAACAACAAUGACCUACCCCCUCGACGGCUACCAAUACCCCCAAAUCCAAACCCUCUCCCGCCUCUUCAACCCAGACUCCAUCUACCUCGACGGCUCCUCCCACUGCCCUUCCUUUUUGCAGUCCAUGGCCAGUUUUCCAAGCGAAGAAACCCCCUCGUCCAACCUCUCCACCUCGUCCUCCUUUUACGCAAGCCUCUACGCCCGCAUCUUCAACUCUUCCUCCCUGCCCUUGGACCAGCUCGACUUUCUUCAGGCCUACAACAUCUACGACUACGCCGCCUACCACCACCUCCACAACCCGUUGCUAUCUCCCCUUUUUGCCGAAGGUGAACUUCCCCGCCUCCGCUCCCUGGCCUCGAGCGAAAUCCGCUCCCGCCACGGGAACCUCUCCCUCCCCAUCAGGACCAUCGCCGGGCGCACCUUGGCAAGCUACACAAAAUCCCUGCUGGUAGACAACAUCCGUUCGGCGGGUUCCACCAGCAAGCUCAACCUCCUCUUUUCGUCAUUCGAGCCCUUUGUUGCGUUUUUUGCGCUGUCGAGGCUGGAUGCAGGCGCGAGCAGGGAGCUGUUUCGUGAGCUCCCUUACCCGGGGGCGGUGAUGCUUUUUGAGCUCUUCAGCACGGUGAAUACGACCAAGGGGAGGGAUGGGGAGGAGGAGUACCCCGAGGUUAAGGACCUGAAGGUGAGGUUUCUGUAUAGGAAUUCCAGUGCGAGCGAGGCGAGGUUGAGGGUUUAUAGUUUGUUUGAGACGGGGGUGAACUACCGAAUCCGGUAA